GUUUCAAGUUUUCCUGCCACAUUGUACUAAAGUUGGUUCAUCCUACCUAAAAAACAUUUUAUUCAAAUAUUUAUAUAUUUUGUAUAUAAAAAUUAAUCAAAAAGGUUAAAAUCGGCAUUAAGAAUGGUUUUGUCAAGUCGUUUUUACAAAGAGAAAUAUCCGGAGGUAGAAGAUGUUGUUAUGGUCAAUGUUCGCUCAAUUGCCGAAAUGGGAGCAUAUGUUCAAAUAUUGGAAUAUAAUAACAUAGAAGGCAUGAUCCUACUCUCCGAAUUAUCAAGAAGACGUAUUAGAUCUAUUAAUAAAUUAAUUAGAGUAGGAAAAACAGAACCAGUGGUAGUGAUUCGUGUGGAUAAAGAAAAAGGUUAUAUUGACUUGUCAAAACGUCGAGUUUCACCUGAGGAUGUUGAAAAAUGUACCGAAAGGUUUGCUAAAGCGAAAGCAGUAAACUCAAUCUUAAGACACGUUGCUGACAUUUUAGGCUACGAAUCUAAUUACAAGCUGGAAAAGUUAUAUGAGAAUACUGCUUGGUAUUUUGAAAAAAAAUUCAAAAAUAAAACAGCAGCCUAUGAUAUUUUUAAACAAGCUGUUACUGAUCCAUCAAUUUUGGAUGAAUGUGGUUUAGAUGAUAGAACAAAAGAAGUUUUAUUAAGCAAUAUAAAACGUAAACUUACAUCGCAGGCAAUGAAAAUACGUGCAGACAUUGAAUGUUCAUGUUACGGCUAUGAAGGAAUUGAUGCUGUAAGAGCCGCUUUGAAAUCUGGUUUAGAGUGCUCAAGAGAAGAUUUACCAAUUAGAAUCAAUUUGAUUGCACCGCCUUUAUAUGUUAUAACAACUUCAACACCAGAAAAAGCAGAAGGCUUAGAGAUUCUCAAAAAAGCCAUAGAAAAUAUAAAGAAAACGAUUACUCAGUAUAAAGGUGAGUUCAAAAUUCAAAUGGCACCCAAAGUUGUUACUGACAUUGAUGAAGCCGAUCUUGUUCGUCGUAUGGAAAGAGCGGAAGCCGAAAAUGCAGAAGUUGCAGGAGAUGACGACGAAAACGAUAAUGAAGAAGAAGAAGAAGGAAUGCAAUUUGACGAAGAAACUUUGGCUGAUGAAAAUAAUACAGAAAUUGUAGAAUAAUUUUUUUAAUAAAACAUUUUUAUUAAGCCAAUA